GUACGUACUGGAAAUUACAGUACUAAUUAUUUGCGUGCUGUCAUGAAAUGCAAGACAACUAGCUGCACAGCAUUGCAGUAGCGGGGCUCAGCGCAGCUGUGAAUAUCUACCUACCUUGAGUCUCUAUAUAUCUCCUGGAGAGAGCCUAAGAGAGUCGUGCUGGAUGUGUCCAAUCGUUUCCAACGUGAUCCCAGUCAUUUUGUCGUGAUGAGAAGGUUCAUCUUGCUUCUGUUGCUAGCCACUCCCCUGUGCAGUGGCUACCAGGUGUACAUUGACAGCACUGAUCUUGAAGAGUACUUCACUGGAACGUUGCACUUUAGCGAUGUGCAAGGUCGUACGGCAGUUAUUAUUGAGAAUGGAACAUCUCAAAUAAAAGCCAAUGGCUCCCUCUAUCUCGUCAGCUCGAGUGGGACGAAGGAUAAAUUGCUUCCACCUCUUCCCAGGAGUGUUGAUAGUGUAACCGUCACUUGGCUGGCUGGUAAUAGUUCAAAGGUUAUGUAUAGUCUGAGUGUUGAUCAAGAUCCAAGCAACUUCUUUGCUUCCCAACAAAUCAUAAGCAUAAAUGCCACCGGAGAUAUUCCAUCACCGAAAAGUGUGUUCACACUGAAUGUAACGUGUGGUAGUGUGCCGGGAGAGGGGGACCUGAUGAUAGAUCUCACAAGCACUGUGAACAACUCCAUGCAGCUGCUGACGUCUUUUCUCAUCACUAAAGACUGUGGCUCUCUACCACCAACAAGUUCGCUGUCUGCAGCAAUGUCUCCAACGCUAUCACCCACUUCAGCCGUCUUGACCUCCGCUGCCUCAAAUUCCAUGGGCUACACAGCUGCUGUUACUGCUAGUUUUGUACUGUCCAGUGUUUCUUUAGAGUCAAUGACUGCUAAUACCCAAACACAGACAGCUGGACUCAGUUCUGUAUUUGGCUUUGAUUCAUCUUCUACUGGUGCCACAAUACCAGCCACCAGUUCAGUGAUUUUCACUCCAACUCCAUCCAACCUUCUCGUGACCUCGUCUAUUCAGCUGUUCUCCUCUGACCUCAUUUUCACUCCAGCUCCCACCAAUUCACAACCUUCUCUCACUAGUAGCUUGACCUUUUCCCCGGCCCAAACUAAUGCUCCUUCCCUCACAAGCUCAAUACAUGCUAGCAGUCCGCCUGUCACAAUGAUGAGCUCUUCUCCUGGAAUGCUAAUUAGUCCCAGCCAGAGUUCGGAGAUUGUCUCCAAAACUAUACAGAGCAGUGUGUAUUAUUCUCCAGAAAUAACUUCACUUGUAUAUACCACAUCAUUCGCUACCACUAAAAGCAUUUUAACAGAAGUGCCUACAUUGACUCAAUUAGUAACAGAAGCCACUCCCGAGAUUAUGAAAACCACUUCUAUGUCAACAAGAGCUGUGCCAUCCACUGCGGUACCAACAAAAGUGCUGACAUCCACUCAAGCAUCAAAAGAAGUGCUAACAUCCACUGAGAUACCAACAGAAGUACCAAAGUCCACUAACGUACUGACUUCCACUGCGGUACCAACAGAAAUGCUGACGUCCACUGCGGUACCAACAGAAAUGCUGACACUGACGUCCACUGCGGUAUCAACAGAAAUGCUGACGUCCACUGCGGUAUCAACAGAAAUGCUGACGUCCACUGCAGUACCAACAAAAAUUCUGACGUCCACUGCGGUACCAACAGAAAUGCUGACGCUGACGUCCACUGCGGUAUCAACAGAAAUGCUGACGUCCGUGAUACCAACAGAAAUGCUGGCGUCUACUGCGGUACCAACAAAAAUGCUGACACCCACUGCGGUAUCAACAGAAAUGCUGACGUCCACUGCGGUACCAACAGAAAUGCUGACGUCCACUGCGGUACCAACAGAAAUGCUGACACCCACUGCGGUAUCAACAGAAAUGCUGACGUCCACUGCGGUACCAACAGAAAUGCUGACACCCACUGCGGUAACAACAGAAAUGCUGACGUCCACUGUGGUAUCAACAGAAAUGCUGACGUCCGUGAUACCAACAGAAAUGCUGACUUCCACUGUGGUAACAACAGAAAUGCUGACACCCACUGCGGUAACAACAGAAAUGCUGACGUCCACUGCGGUAUCAACAGAAAUGCCAACAGAAAUGCUGACUCCCACUGCGGUAUCAACAGAAAUGCUGACACCCACUGCGGUAUCAACAGAAAUGCUGACGUCCACUGCGGUAUCAACAGAAAUGCUGACAUCCACUGCGGUAUCAACAGAAAUACUGACGUCCACUGUGGUAACAACAGAACUACUGAAUUCCACUGCGAAUUCCACUCCGGUACCAACAAAAUUACUGACAUCCACUCCUGUACCAACAAAAGUUCUAACAUCUACUGCGAUACCAACUGAGUUUGUCACAUCCACUUCAACAGUUUUGACACCCAGUCCUACAUUUGUGUCUUCCCCAGUGAUAACUAUGAGCUCCUCACCACUAGAUAUGUCUACCAUACUCUCGACCUCAAUGUCCAGUUUUAUAGAAUCAAGUUUGUUACCGUCUUCGUCAAUCUCAAGCUUUGUUACCACAUUAAUACCAUUGUUAUCAUCGUCUGCUUCAACACCAUCUGCUAUGCCAACCUUUACCAAUGUACCAAUGUCACAUUCUGUGUUUACCUCAAGCUAUUCACGGUCUCUAUCAUUAUCAAGUGGUUCAAUACCAAUCUCACCAUCUUUAUCAAGCUCUGGUGUGCCAGUACCAUCUUUAACUUUAGCAGCACCAUCAGUCACAAUGUCAAGGCCGUUAUCCAUUUCGAGCUUACCGCGGUCUUUAUCCUUAUCACAAAUCUCGGACUUUGUUAUGUCAACACCAUCAUUUUCUAGUUUAAUUGUGUCGACACCGUCUUUGUUGAUGUCAAGUUCAAUGUUAUCUCCGUCAUCAACUGUGUCAUUUUUGUCAUCAUCCUCUGGUUCCACCAGUGAGCCUACAGGGACCGAUCUCACACCCAGUAGCCCUGUCCUCUUCACCCUUCAGCUAACCAAUUCUCGGCAUCCCCUAUCGACUAACUCCUUGCCACCUGGGGCGUCCCCUGAACCCAAUGAAACCGACAAUGGAACAGGAAUCCCAACUAAAGAGCCUGAGCUGAUGACUAUACUUCUGAUAGCGUUUGCUCCAGUGGUAGCAAUACUACUACUUUGCAUUAUCCUAAUAUUCUGCUGCAUAUGCUGUAUCCGUCGUAAGAAGAAGAAGACCAAACAUAGCUUCAAUGAUGACCCUGCGGACCUACCAGUGUCCAUAGCAGAGUCCAAUUUUGUGUUAGGAGCCGAUGACUUCGAGGCAUCUACCAAGAAAACUGAGGCACCUAUUUCUCUAUGGACGAGUCUUCCUUGGGGUGUAGUUUCCACUCUUCCUAAAGUAGUUCAGGGAACAAUUCACCCAUACACUGUUGACAGAAGAUCACUCAGUAUACUAUCAACCAUCCACAGAGGGACGUAUGGGUGCAUUGUGAAUGGCCAAAUGAGUGUGGACCGCACUGAUCUUGUGGACGGGUACAAGGGAGUCAUGAUGAAAAUGCUUAUAGGUUUCCAGCAAAAUACAGGGCAUCACCAGGAGAUUGCCAAGUUCCUCGAGUAUGCCACUAUUAUGCGUGAUCUUGACCACCCCAACAUUUCCAAGGUGAUGAAUGUGAGCGUAGAGGACAACUUAGCGCCACUGGUCCUCUACCCGAUAGUGGAGUACGGGAACCUGCACACCUUCCUCACCUUUUGCCGAGUCUCACCCAACGAGAGUCCUCUCAAUGCUGAUGACUCACCGGAGUACCGUGGCUAUGUACGAGCAAAUGAGAACCUGCCGGUGACAUUUCAGUACAAGGUAAACUUUGGACUCCAGGUGGCAUACGCGAUGAAAUACCUCAGUGACAAGGGGGUGGUUCAUCCUGACCUAGCACUCAGGAACUGCUUGCUGGACACUAAUUACCUGGUGAAAGUUAGUGAUGGAGCCCUCUCUCAGGAGUUCUUCCCCAAUUGUUAUCACGUCAUCAAGGGGGCUCUGAGGCCUGUGAGGUGGGCUGCCCCUGAGACAUUCGCUGAGGGACUCUGUACAUCACAAAGCAACGUGUGGUCUUAUGCUGUGACUCUAUGGGAGAUAAUGACUAAGGCUGAGUUCCCAUACAGAGAGGUGGAUAAUAACAGGAGCAUCCCCUCUCACCUCAUGAUGGGGGCCAGGUUGGAGCAGCCUCCUGACUGCCCAAAUUACCUGUAUGAGUUGAUGCAAGCUUGCUGGGAAAGUAAAGCUGAACAGAGACCCAAUUUUGGCUACCUUCACAGUCGAAUUGAGCAGAUUAAUCAACAGCUAGCAAUGGUUCAGGACGAAUCACCCUUAUCUACAAGAGUGGAUGGACAAUUGUACAGUCGGGAGAACUCCCAGGCGAGCUUAGAUCACCCUUCCUCCCACCAAUCACGACGCAAACGAAGUGGACGAAGCAGUUUAUCAAAGAACAGUCCCUCAAUCAUGCGGAGGAGUAUCAACAGCCGAGUGAGCGCAGCUGGCUCUGAGCAUCUCAGUCUGACGUUUAGCGUGCUGAGUGGUGACCUGAGCGGCGAGUCUUCUAGUGAGGGGGAGGAGGGGCCUGAAAUGCUGUCUCCGUUGGCAGAAUCUGUGGUUUACCAGAUGAUACCGUCUCUCCUCAAAGAUGACCCUGAAAACGACGUGAAACACUUGCCUACUACCUCACCUAUGAAUCUCGUUAAUUCUUUCCUGGACUCUAGUAACAAAAACACAAUCGAACUUAAAACUUCAAAUUAUGCACCUACAUGUAUUCCGUCAACAUUAAUCAGCCCAGCACCCACUACACCCUCCACUGUCACAACUCGACUCACCCCCUGGGAGACGAAUUCCUACACCUCCAGUCAGUUUGCACCAUCGACUCUUCGAAGUGACGACUCAGCAAGCACCCAACGUGCGGCAUCUUCUCCGAGCCCUGAUCUCACCAGCAAAUCAUCAAUGUUUGGCGAGGACACAAACUCAAACCCUCGAUUCAGCUACAUAUCUCACUCUAAUGCAGACACAGUCAGUAAAGCAUCUAUCAGCGAAUCAGUGGGUGCAUCAAAUCCAGGUAUGGAUGACUGCCCUCAACCACCACCUAACCAAAACUCAAAUAUGCACACCCAUAGUAACGGGCAUCCAAAAAUAAAUGGGGCAGUUUUGAAUCACAGCCUUGAAAGAAUUGCUGACGCAGCAGACUCCAGUGAAGUGAACACCAAUGAUAUUAACGACUACGAGGGCACGCACAGUGAUACCAAGUCAUCAGUGAAACCACCGACUGGUGGUGAUAGAACUUCUCUAGGUCUUACUGACCUUUCCAGUGACCUAAUGGCAACUUUUGAUAGCUGGAAUCUUUAGUGUUUUUACACCAUUUUUUGUUUUGAGCUGAAUUUCCACUGUUUUUAUAUAUAAUGUUCGUGUGUAUAAUUAUGGUGCAGGGUAA